AGGUCAGCACGCCGCGGCCCGGGUCACAAUGCAGCCCUCCCCCUCGACGCCCGGGCCCGGACGCGCCGCAGACACCUUCCCGGUUUCGCCUGGACUGGACAGUCCUCCCGCGGCCAGGGCUCGGGCAACUGCUUUCAGCCUGGGACCGGCCUCGGCCUCCGGCAGAGCGCCCCGGGACCCGGACAUGAGUGCCCAGGAGCCCCCGCAGGGUCGGAGAUUCCCCAUUGAGGCCGGAGACUCCCCUGGCCUUGCCGCCCCCCGCGAGUCCCAGGACAGCCCGGAGCAGGUAGCUACGGAACACAACCCGGUCAGAAAGACUUACUGGGACGUCCUUGGUGGCACUGUGGUUAAGAAUCUGCCUGCCAAUGCAGGUGACACGGGUUCGAGCCGUGGUCUGGGAAGGGCCCACAUGCCGUGGAGCAACUAAGCCUGUGCGCCACAACUACUGAGGCUACAUGCCAUAACUACUGAAGCCCGCUCACUCUAGGGCCUGCGUGCCACAACUACUGAAGCCCGCGCACCUAGAGCCCAUGCUCCACAACAAGAGAAGCCACCGCAAUGAGAAGCCUGCGCACCCUGCUCACCACAACUAGAGAAAGCCAGCACGCAGCAACGAAGAUCCAAUG